AUGGUGCUGUCAGUAGUGAUCACAACGAUAUUUGCAAUCACUGCAUUUGCUGGUGUACUCAUCAAUCUUAUUGUUCUUGCGGCUUUGAUCUACUCGCGUCUAACUGCUCAUCGGUUCGAGUCUGCAGCAGUUUUCGUUAUCACCGCAUCCGAACUAAUUGCCGAUUCGUUCCUUCUUGGUUUCUUCUUAGGAAUACUCGUACCGACAUGUUAUGCACAAGUCAGUAGUCCCAAACGUGUUCAUCGCUCACCUUCAUUCUCUCAGAACAACUAUUGUGUAUGA